AUGCUUCGAUCCACCCUUGUCUCUCUCUCCUCGCUGGCGGCUUCAGCUCCUAUCGAAGUCAUAACGACAUGUUUCAUCGCCGUUACGCUGGUAUACUUCCAAAUACUACACGCGAUCAAGGGAUCGGAAUUCUUCAAUAUACCAUCAUCUUCACCUCCUCCACGACCCAUUCACCUCGUUCGCCUAGCUCACCCUCCACAACUAGACGAGGCAGCGUAUACGAUACCUAGUACCAGCUCGAGACUGGUUGAAAAUUACAAUACAGCAAUACCGUGGGGUGCAGAGGAAUGGCAACCUGUAUCAAUCAACGAAUUUGGACGUGUUUUAAAGGAGAAUGCACUAGAAGGUGGUUAUACUUUUGAUGAGGAAAUUGGCGGUAGCAUUGCUGGGGAGAAAGCAGCCGUGGUGUUAUUGAAGCAAAUCGUGCUGGUGAGAGAAGAUUCUCAAGAAUCUACUGAUCAAUGGGAGAAAUGGUUAUUGAAUGAUUUUGGAGUCGAUAUUGGAGGUACCAAAUAUACCUAUCAAGAUCUCUGUUUUGAUUGUUCAAUAAAACCUUCUCUUGUCCCUCAUCCUUUACAUCCUACACAAUCUGUCCUCACGCUUUACCUCCAAGCGCCCACUCCUUAUAUACCAACUCUCACAUACCUCAAUCAUUUAGGCAAACUACCGCCAUACACGCCGUCUCACUCAAACACCACGUUCAGAAUAUUGCCUCCUUCCGGUACUAGUUGGGGCUUCUUACCUAGUCUCGACGGCGCUGGACUGUUCGCCAACCUUGGCGACGGUUUAGUACAAAGCGAGAAAGAGGAAGAAGAUGCGAUGUCUGGAUUGAGAAACGUAAGAUGGCUCGCGUACGCAGUUAGAGCAUUCGGCAUGCGUUUCUGGAAUCUUGCAAAAAACGCUGACUCAGCAGACAUAUUCGUUGUCCUGCUUGGCUACAUAUUGAUGCACGGUGUCUUUGUGCACUUGUUUAUUGGUAUGCGGAAUAUUGGAAGUUCUUUCUGGCUUCCUGUGGCCACUUUGGUAUCAUCAACGUUCGCAUUCCUUGUUGCGCUUUUACUAGCGUAUCUGCUCAACGUACCCGUCGAUCCAAUUUGUCUUUCGGAAGCUUUACCAUUUUUGGUCAUCACCGUCGGGUUUGAUAAACCUUUCUUACUCGCCCAGGCCGUGUUACAAAACCCCGACAUCGCACCAAUCCCCACUUCUCCCGAGAUGUCUCCUACAGAUGAUAUAAUAGAUGAGACUGGUUUGGGACUUGAUUUAGGUACCUUGCACAAAGAGCUUGCUCCCCUCGAAAGGUUACAAAGACUUGCAGAGGGUAAAGUCAGAUGGGCAGCACCUGUGGCAGCGAAAAAGAUCGUUGUUGACGCAGUCAGAAAAGCUGGUGUCAGAAUCGUUAGAGAUUACGCGAUGGAAAUCGCUGUACUGAGUGUAGGAGCAGCAAGUGGAAUCGGCGGACUAAGAGAGUUUUGCUACCUCGCCGCUCUCAUCAUGACUGUCGACUGCGUCUUCCUCUUCUCCUUCUAUGUUGCCAUUCUAAGCGUCAUGGUCGAAGUACACCGAAUCAAACUUAUCCGAGGAAACCGACGUGCCAAGCAACUGCGACGUAACUCCAGCCAUGCUUCUCUCAAUGGUUCUUCCAUCUCCCCAUCGCCUACGAGUAAGUCCUUCUCUGCACCCGCAACCGACGCAGAUGGGCAACCUAAGAACCCUAUGGUCAGACUCAAGUUACUUCUCAUUGUCUCCUUCCUCACAUUGCACAUCCUCAAUCUAUGUACCACUCUCACCGAACAAACAGCAUUGAAGCGUCAUUCUACCCACUCUGUACCUAAAGUCACCAGCAGAGCGAUGCUUGAUCCCCGAGGUCCUACACUCUCUCCAGCCUUACAGGCGAUAUACGACAAUCAACCUCCCGAGACUGAUAUGGCAGUACAAAUCAUUCCUUCAACCAAUAUUGUCAUGUCCCGGGACGAUUACACACCUUCUCGAAUGGCAACCAUUGACCAAUUCAUGAGCGAAUGGACUCAACUUGUGGGCGAUCCUGUCUUGAGUAAAUGGAUUGUCGUCACUCUCGGUAUCAGUGUGCUACUAAACGGUUACUUGAUUAAGGGUAUCGCUUCCAACUCCAUGGGAGGUAAAGGACCUGUUGCAGCUGCCGCUCAAAUCCUCGUUGGCGUUUUCGAAUCUGCCGAAAAGGGUGAGAGACAAAGACAAGCAGCCAGCAAAUCCGAUACUCCUCGAGGAAAGCUUCCCCCAAACUACGCACAUCCGGCACCAUCGAAAGAUGGAGAGAAAACGCCUCGAGGCGAAGAAAGGGCCAAUGGCAAUACCGGUCAAAUUUUGGUCCAUCCUCCACCAAAUAUACCUAUAAUAUCUGAACCCGAACGACCGCUUGCAAAAUCUGAUUCUAGCUCUUCACUACAGUCAAUGACGUUCGGGCGAAGAUCCCUCGAGGAGUGCAUCGAUAUCUACGCUGGUGGCGUAGGUGCAAACAACCUUUCGGACGAAGAAAUCAUCUUCUUGGUAGAAAAGGGUAAAAUCGCUCCUUACGCUCUUGAAAAGGCAUUGAAAAACUUGGAACGAGCUGUUCGAAUACGACGAGCUGUCAUUUCAAGAACUUCUCUCACUGGUACCCUUGAGACCAGUCUUUUACCUAUGUCAGAUUACGAUUACAAGCAAAUCAUUGGAGCAUGUUGUGAAAACGUGGUCGGUUAUAUGCCUCUCCCUGUUGGUAUAGCCGGACCUUUGAAUGUCGAUGGUCAAUUACUUCAUAUUCCAAUGGCCACCACCGAGGGUACUCUUGUUGCAUCCACUUCCAGAGGAUGUAAGGCACUCAACGCUGGAGGAGGUGUAACCACUGUCUUGACACAUGACGCGAUGACACGAGGUCCAGCUAUUGAUUUCCCUUCAAUCGUCUCCGCUUGUGAUGCGAGGUUAUGGAUUGAUUCAAACGAAGGAUUUUCUAUUUUGAAAGCGGCUUUCGAUUCGACAUCCAGAUUUGCAAGACUCCAGACAUUAGAAUGUGCGUUAGCAGGUAGAACGUUGUAUGUUCGAUUUGCAACACAAACUGGUGAUGCAAUGGGAAUGAACAUGAUUUCGAAAGGAACUGAAAAGGCUUUAGAAGUUUUAAGAGAAAGAUAUCCUGACAUGCACGUUUUAGCAUUAUCAGGUAAUUACUGUACGGAUAAGAAACCUGCCGCUAUCAAUUGGAUAGAAGGUAGAGGUAAAUCCGUUGUUGGAGAAGCUGUAGUGCCAGGACAUGUCGUCAAGAGUGUACUCAAGACUACUGUUAAAGAUUUAUGUAAUUUGAACAUCAAGAAGAAUCUGAUUGGAAGUGCCAUGGCUGGAAGUAUUGGUGGAUUCAAUGCUCAUGCUGCGAAUAUCUUAACUGCUAUGUACCUUGCUUGUGGACAAGAUCCAGCUCAAAAUGUUGAAUCUUCCAAUUGUAUGACAUUGAUGGAACCCAUAAACGACGGUGCCGAUCUUUUGAUUACUUGUUCCAUGCCUUCGAUUGAGGUCGGUACAGUAGGAGGAGGAACGAUUCUAUCACCUCAACGAGCAAUGUUGGAUAUGUUGGGAGUAGCAGGAGCUCAUCCUACUACACCAGGACAAAACGCUCAACGAUUAGCUCGAAUAAUUUGUGCUGCAGUCAUGGCGGGAGAAUUAUCUCUGAUGGCAGCUUUAGCAGCUGGACAUCUAAUUCAAGCUCACAUGAAGCAUAAUAGAAGUGCACCUGUUACUCCAGGUGCCGUGACUCCCUUUGGAGGAAUAACUCCACUCAGAGAAAGUAAUCUCAUAAACGGUCCUCCGCCAUCAACUAAAUCGAAAACAUUGAGUCUCAGUCCAGUCACAGCUACAAGGCAAGCUUUCUAG